UCAGCGUGACAGUGUGCGAUCUCGUCUGUGUGACUGAACAUGGGACAUUUUUGGAUAUUCAAGAGCAUUUACAGCACGAGAAAUAAUAUCCAGCAUAUCGGAUUAUCGUUUAAUCCCUCACCUUCCGCGCUUGGCUUCGGAGCCGAUUUAUUUCUCAGAGGGGCAGUGUGAAUUUACAUUAAUCUUUGUUAUUCAGAGGAAAACAGAAAGAAGCCAUGAUUUCAACCAGACGCGCUAGCAUUGGCUGCUCAAGCUAAAUUAAGCCCGAUUGUGGAUAUUCUCACUCUCUUUAAAUGUCUUGAGGUUUUAUAAAAUUUCUAAAGGGAUGAAUUGUGUUUUUGCGACUGUCUGCUGGACUAGUUGAAUGAAAGCAGCGUAUUAAAUAAAUGUUACGCGUUUGUUGUUGAGUCGCGCUAAGCUUGUAGCUAUCGUUAGCCGUUGCUGCUCGCAUAUAAACAACUGCUCGCUUUUAUACAUUUUAAUUAAUUUUAGGAUAACAGCUAUUUAUUCUCGUCGACCAUAUUUGUAUAAAUGACUGGACCGUUGCUAAAUAAAGUGAGUUUAGAUAAAUUAUUUCUUGACAUUUGUCAGGCGCUUGCUAACGAUGCACUAGCUCCAUAGCUUUUAUUGUUGUAGCAAUAAUUUGCCGCGAUAAAAUAUAUGUAUUCGGGUGAUUUUUAAUUGUUUUGUUUUUAUUAUGUUUCUGUGACUAUCAUUUGAGCGUGUGUGAAGAAAUGUAAACAACCGAACAGUUUGCCAGUCACCACCAAUUGUUUAUACACUGGGAGAUAUCAUUUUAAAAAGUUAAGAUCAGAAAAGUUAAUAACCAAUAAACUACACAAGGUUGCAUUUUUGCAUUGUUGAACCUGGCCUGGAAGUGUGGGAGAUGGUUUGAAUGGGUCUGUCUGCUGAUUUGGCUUAAUUACCCAUUCAAAGUGAGCAGUCAUGGGCACUCAGGGCAGCCCUGUAAAGAGCUAUGACUACCUGCUCAAGUUCCUCCUGGUGGGAGACAGUGAUGUUGGGAAAGGAGAGAUCCUGGACAGCCUUCAAGAUGGAUCUGCAGAGUCUCCAUAUGCCUACAGCAGCGGAAUCGACUACAAGACCACCACGAUUCUGUUGGAUGGGCGAAGAGUAAAACUAGAGCUUUGGGAUACAUCGGGACAAGGGAGGUUCUGCACAAUUUUCAGAUCGUACUCCAGGGGGGCACAGGGGAUUCUGUUGGUGUAUGACAUCACCAACCGUUGGUCGUUUGAUGGGAUAGACCGCUGGAUCAGGGAGAUUGACGAGCAUGCACCCGGUGUACCUCGUAUUCUCGUGGGUAACCGGCUGCAUCUGGCAUUCAAACGGCAGGUGCCCACAGAACAGGCGCGGGCAUACGCAGAGAAGAACGGCAUGAUUUUUGAAGUGAGUCCUCUCUGCAACUUUAACGUCAUUGAAUCGUUUACUGAACUCUCGCGCAUUGUGCUGAUGAGGCACGGUAUGGAGAAGUUCUGGAGGCCCAAUAGAGUAUUCAGUCUACAGGACUUGUGUUGCCGUGCCAUUGUAUCCUGCACCCCUGUGCACCUUAUUGAUAAGCUGCCACUUCCUGUGGCCAUCAAAAGCCAUCUGAAGUCCUUCUCCAUGGCGAAUGGCAUGAAUGCUGUCAUGAUGCACGGUCGGUCCUACUCGCUGGCCAACGCGGCUGGAGGCAGCAAAGGCAACAGCCUCAAACGUUCAAAAUCCAUUCGGCCACCUCAGAGCCCGCCCCAGAACUGCACCAGGAACAACUGUAAGAUAUCCUAGCUGGUGGGCAUAGGGGCGGGGCAAGGCCAUCCCUUCCCUUUUACAACACCGGUGCACACAGGCAAACACAUAGGGGCCGGGUCGAUGUGGCACUUCCCAGUGUAGCAGAACAGGUUGUGAACAAACUUCCUGUUGCCAGGGACAGCUACACUUUCUCCCCCACCUUGCUGCAGUACACUCCGUAGGCACAUUCAGACCCAUUUAAUUUCUCACUCGCAGACCAUGACAAAAGUCAGCUGUUCAUCAGACUCCUUGAUUUUGAGCCAGUGACCACUGAUUGCAUGUUUUCCUGCUGCACUAGCUCCCUCUGCUGGGGAAUUAAUGCAGAACAAACCCCUGAGUUGGAGAGUCAACAGACAUUUUGCUUUCCUCUGGUGAGGAGGCCUCUUUUGAAGUUGUUUUAUCGACUUAUUACGUUUUGUGUUCACAUUGUUUCGCACAUACUGUACAUCCUCAGUAAAUACUGUGCUUUUCAAAUGUUGUUCCUCCUUUAUGGUGUUUGUAUGGGCCUGUUCUCCAUACAAAAACUGAAGUAUCUCUAAGGGUCACAUGGUCUUGCAUGCUUAAAAAUGAGUGUUUGAGGGCCGGUGCAAAAUUACUUGUAGUGCGUAAUUCUGAACUGAUGUAUUAAAAUUUUAUUUGCACUGCAAAUGGUUGGUCUCUAAAAUGGUCAAUUCUGCACAAUGGCUUCUACAAGAUAGUGACUAUAUUGUUGAAUGUGGACUAUGAAAAUGGGACCACUGAUUGUUUACGAACCCAAGAGCGAGAGCACAAGCAUUUCCAGGCAGACAGGGAUACUUCAUGACACGUCACCAUCUCUCUUAGCUGGAAAGUCCUUGAAGAUCCUGAAAAUUAUUAAAUGGUCCCUCUUAAGAUAGAUACAGAAAAUUCUUGCUCAGGGGACAUUGUUGGCUGAGAGUUCUUUUUUCUUUGUAGCCCUCCUCACUUUUACAAGUUUUUUCCUGCAUGUCUUGUGGAGCAUUCUUCACAUUUACAAUAAUUUGUCCCUAUAAUGUAUGCAAUUACACCUGAGUUCAGUAAACCGGCCAACCUGUUGGCUAUCAGAUGCCUAAUUCCCUCAUUCAGAAUCAAGCACUGCAACACAUUCAGCACCAUUUUAGUUAUUUUCGUUAUUUUCCAUUAUCCCUUCUUUCCAGGUAAAAUUUUUUCACCCUCAAAAUGUGCCAUGAUUUCAAAGCCCGUGUGUUACAGUUUUCAGUGUUGUUGUAUGAGUUCAAAGCCUAAAGGGUCUUUGCUUGAAGCUUUUUUAACUGCACAUACAGAAAAGCAUGGUUUCUAUAUAGUUAUUCUGAAACAGUGUCACAAUGAAGGAUUUCGAACCCAUUCAAGCUUGCGUCUUAAUAUCAAGCACAAACUUAAGUGACGUCAUCAGUGCUAGAAUUUGUUGGUUGUAGAAUGUUAACCGCUGUUUUAAUCUACAUACGUCCUUUAUACUUCUCCCUGUGGUGUCAAAUCCUGACAAAAGCAACUGUGCAUCUCGUUCAGGUCUGAUGAUCCAAGGUUGUUGAAUAAUGGAUGCUCCUCUCAGAUCUCCAGAGAUUUCACUUCAUCAACUAUCCCCCGCCCCUAGGCCGCUCCCCUAGUUGCCAUUUCUUUUCAUAGCACCAGAGAACAGCUCUUUGUCCCUUUCUCUAUUCUCCACCUUAUCUCAGGGAUGAGCCCCAGCCUCCAGCAGCAGACCUGCCCAAUGAAGCCCGUUUAAACCAGGCUGAGCAACAGGCUGCCAGCAGGGGGCCUUUAAACUUUCCCCAGAUAGCUCCAAGCUCUCUGUUUUUGACCUAUAAUCUAUUUGCUACGGGCCUUUUGCAGUCACCAGAGCUCAUAUAAAUGAACUUGGCACUUCCUUUUAGAGCAGUUGUGCAUAUUAGUGUCCAUCUGUUGUGUACACAGUGGGUGUCGUUAAAUUUAAAGCAUCCACAGAAGGUGUUACUCACCUGAGAAUCGUUCCCCCUUAAAGGGAUAGUUCACCCAAAAAUGAAAAUUCUGUCAUUAGCUUACCCUCGUGUUUGUUCUGAACACAUUUGACUUUCAUAUGAUGAACACAAAAGAAUAUGCUGGGCAGAAUAUUAUCUUAAAUUCACUGUAAUUGCUUUUAAUCUUUUUUCCAUACAAUGAAAACGAAUGGUGACAAGUGUAAAUCCAUGAAGAAAUUAAGCCAUAUAGGUUCAUAACAACAAAAUGGUGUGGGAUUAGUCACCGAAUUUUCAUUUUUGUUUGAACUAUUCCUUUAAAACAUUAAAGGAAAUGCUACAAAUAAGUUAUUUUAUUCCUUUUUGGGCAUCUUCAGAAUCUGUAGGUAUUAGUUUGAGCCUCUCGUCUGAGAGCAGUGGUUGUUAUUCUUUGUAAUGCACACCUUAUGAUGCAAAGAAAAUAUGUGACUUAGCUAGGAAGUUCAAUUUUAAUGUUUUUUUUUUUGUAAAGUGUUCUUCCUCUUAUCUAAAGCCUCCAAUGUUGUUCUAUAUAUAUAUAUAUAUAUAUAUAUAUAUAUAUAUAUAUA